AUGAGUGUUGAAGGAGUGAUUGGUUCCGAAAUGUUCGAGCAGACCAAACCCUCGGCCAUUCGUAAGAUUCUCGCACGAAUAGAGGAAGCGGUGAGGGGAAAACAGGAACAACAGGUCGUCGAGGUUUGCUUUCCGGAUGGUGAACUUGAGAAACUUAGUGUGCACGAAGCGAUACACAUAUAUUAUAGUGCUGAAAUAAUUAAUAGUGAUCGUCUUUUCAUCAAAGAACAAGUCCACCUUGAUCUCGCAUUUUCGUUAAGGACUCAUAAUCGGAAUUGGUUCGUAAGUAACAACGCAAUCUGUGUUGUUGGAGGCAAUGAGCUUCGGCCUGAUGUUGGCGUGUGGUUUCAAUGGCCAACAUAUGCAGAACGGUCCAAGCCUCUUAUGAAUUCGUGCCCACCUUCGCAUCUAUGGAUCAAGGUAUUCUAUAAUAAUGAUCCAGAUCGUAGUAACGCAUUAGAAAAAGUCGCUUUAAUUCAGCAAUACUGGAAUGGAAUUGAAUAUGUUGGAAUCACCCUACCCGUAUCAGAUAAUCCUUUUCGCCCGAACCCAAAUCCUGGGACAGUCACGACUCCCGCAACCAACAACCAAAAUACGAGACCAUAUAGAGACCCAUAUAUCAUUCACUGGGACGCAAACAAUAAUAAGGACUAUUAUGUAGCGGACUGGAAUCUUAAUCUGGUACUGAAUUGCAGUUUUACACUCGAAUUUAAUAUUAUUCUUGACAUAAUUUCUAGACCUUAG